AUGGAUCACUCAAGAGAUCCGUGUCCCUGGGUUGCCCUGUCCGAUUUUGGCGGAGCAUUUUCCAUGGGCGCUCUAGGAGGCACGUUAUGGCACGGCAUCAAAGGAUUCAGAAACUCUCCAUACGGUGAACGACGGAUAGGCAUGAUCACCGCCAUCAAAGCUCGAGCGCCCGUGACUGGCGGCAACUUCGGCGUCUGGGGUGGCAUGUUCAGCACGUUCGAUUGCGCCGUCAAGGGUAUCCGGAAGAAGGAAGAUCCAUAUAACUCCAUCAUUGCUGGGUUCUUCACCGGAGGUGCUCUUGCUGUGAGAGGAGGAUAUAAGGCCGCGAGAAACGGUGCCAUCAUGUGUGCUAUUUUUUUGGCUGUUAUCGAAGGUGUCGGCAUUGGUAUUCAAAGGUUGAUGGCGGAAAAUACGAGGUUAGAUCUUCCUCCUCCUCCUUCACCGUCAGAAUCGGGACGCGUCGCAGCGUGA